AUGGACUCGUUCAAAUACGAACCUCUCGACCUGGAUGGGCCAGCCUUUCGCCUCGUCCGUCUUUGCCACGGGGACGGGCCUGAUAUCCACUGCGAGCUCUUCCAGGCAUGGCUCUACCCGGAGCAGAGCGCUAUUUCAUACGAAACUCUUUCCUAUACGUGGGGUUCUACCGAAAUUGUGGAGAGGGUACAAAUGAACGGAAAGAUUCUUGGGGUUACGCUAAACUUAUACCUCGCGCUCCAGCACCUUCGCCUUCAAGAUGAGGAUCGCAUCCUAUGGGUGGAUGGUAUUUGCAUCGACCAAGCCAACCAUAAAGAGCGUGGACAUCAGGUUCGACACAUGGGAGACAUAUACAAGCAGGCAGAAAGAGUCAUCUUUUGGCUGGGUCACCCAACAUACGACACGAAUGUGGUUCUGGAUUCGCUACACCAGCUCCAGAAGGAAAGUACCGGGUAUGCGUGUAGGGCGUGGGAACUAACGGACCCACGCUGGGCAGACCUCUGGUCAAGUGUACAGCCUCGUUUGAAGGACAAGUAUCCAGACCUCCGAACCCGACAACGUCAAGGUCUGGAGGAACUUCUGAGCAGACCUUGGUUUAGGAGAGUGUGGAUCUUGCAAGAAGUUGCCAAUGCAAGAGCUGGCUUGGUGUGCUGUGGACAAAAGUCUGUCUCGACUCACAUCUUCCCCCUCGCCCCUUUGUUAAUUGACAUAAUCCCGAAUACACAAUCCCAAGCGGUCUUGGAUAUAAUGCCUGGACCAUCAAGAAAUGGUACAUGGUGGAACAUGAACCAGGAUCUUUAUACCCUCCUACAAAAGUUCAGUGCGAGUGAAGCGCGCCUCCCCCGUGACAGGGUGUUUGCCUUGCUUGGACUGUCUUCGGAUGCACGGGACACCGAUAUGCUAAGGCCCGAUUAUGAGAAUAGUGAAAAGGAUGUCAUCCAUGAUGUUGUUUACUUUCUUUUUGAUGAACACAUUUAUCACAGUCAGCGAUCGAGAUUUAACACGUUGCAAGAUUUGAUAAUGAACCUGGAGGCACUGAACACCCUUUUCUUGCAAUACUAUAUGGAAUCUCCGUACCUAGAAGACUUGGAAAAGGUUCUCGAAAGACGCUGCUUUGGGAUUUCAGAGGCGAACAUUACAGCUGCUGCACAUGCAACCAGAAUAGCCAUGAGCACAGGUCUUGGAGACAAAGCUGGAAGGGAUAACGGAGUGGACAUUGGUACAAUAAAGGUUUGGGACCAUUUGAAGAACUUGGAGCACGUUCUCCAGCGUAGGGGUUACAACAUUGAGGUCAUGGCGGACUUACUGGCCACAAUAAUUAAAAACGCCGACUGUUGGCCAGCUACCGUGAAUUUCUUUCUUCACCAACGAUGCAAUGAGUUCAAGAUCACAGAUCCUGUGCUCAUCGCCUUGCUAAACCCUCCUGAGAAUGUUGAGGAAGCUGCAAUGACUCAUGUUCAGGAACAACAGUAUCAGGCCCAGACGACAGAGAAUAUGCUUCGAUCAACUUAUGUGUCAGGGGCGCCUUUCGGGUUGCAAUUCAUAAAGCUUCUUCUCCAGCAACGAGGCAAGGGGAUACAAAUCACAGAUGAAGUUCUCUGCGCAGCUAUACCAAACACCUCUUCCGGAGUGCAAUUCAUACAGCUUCUUCUCCAAGAACAGGGCAACGAAACCAUAAUCACAGAUAAAGCCCUCUGUAGAGCAGCAUCAAAUAAAUACAAUGGGGUAGACAUCAUGGAGAUACUUCUCGAACAAAAAGGCAACGAAAUCAUAAUCACAGAGAAAGUCCUUUGUGCAGCAGCAUCAAAUAAAUACAAUGGGGUAGACAUCAUGGAGGUGCUUCUCAGACGAAAAGGCUGCUGUUGCAUUCGGGAGGUGGCCCCGACUACCCCGAGCCGUUCCGAAUUCUGA